GCACGAAACAACCGAACCAACCGAGUCCAAAACCGAAAGUCCUCCGUGGAAUAAAUAAUCCCACGGUUCCAAGGAAUCUUCCGAGACACUCCUCCUUCUGUUCCCUCUCUUCUCGCUUUUCCCAAUCUCUCAUUUCCAAUCCGAACUUCAAUUCCAUUCAAUUCACAAUUCCAUGGCUAAUCCCAGUUCCCCAAAUCCCUCCUUUUCCUUCUCCGACUUCCCCGACGACGUUCAGCUCUGCAUUCUCUCCUUCCUCGCCCCCUCGGAGAUCGCCGCCUUCGCCUGCACUUCGAAGCACUUCGCCGCGCUCUGCCGGAGCGACGCCAAGCUCUGGCUCGCCCUUUGCGAACGCCGGUGGGGUUCCAAGACUCGCAUCAAGCAAUGGCCCAUCGGCAAGCUGGUCACCUAUAAGCAGCUCUACAGAACCCUCAACGAUUUCGACAGUCUGAUCGGAUUCUGGCGCCGGAGCGGCCCUAAUUCGACGACCCUACUGUUCUUCGAGUGGGGCCCCUCUUUCCUCGCCGGCUCCAGAGUCUCGCCGUCAAAGACCGGGUCGUACCGGGUCGUGAAGGAUCCGUUUUUGUGGUUGACUCUAUACCCCUCGGGUGAGACCAUCAGUUUCCUGGACCCUGAUUCUCGGUUUGAAAUGUGCGAUGUUUUGCUUCAAUCAGGGGAUUUAGAUUUAGGUUUGCUAGAGACUGAGUUGGUACCAGUUAACGUUAGUUUUAUGGGAAAAAAUCACGUGUCUGUGGAGGAAAAUCUGAGCUUUGGCCAUUCAAAAUCUGGGUUUAGGAGGACCUCUAGUUCAGGAAAUUUGGGGGCUGAGGAAGAUGUGAUUGGACCCGAUCAUGGGUUGCCGGGAAGCUUACCGGACCGGUUGAUGUAUGACAUCUAUCAGCACUUUGCAAACCGGACGAGUCCAAGCCACGACAGGGCGACGAGGAGGCAGAGGAAGAGGGAGAAGGAAAGACAAGGGAGGAAGAAGUGGGAAUCCGAGCAUUUUCUGAAGAUUGUGAAUUGCUCGCCGACGCCUUCUAGACCUUUGCAGGGUUUAUGGAAGGGUAUUUGUCAUGACAUGAACUUGGUAUUUUAUAUGGUGGCAUAUGACGACAUCGGGGGUAUUGUCUGCCGAAGGUUUGGAGACUCAUCCCGGCUCCGCUCUGUCUUUUGGACAUCAAAUACUAAAUUCAUCGAGUCUCCAUUUUCUCCUGAAGAAGAAUACAUAUAUGACAGUCGCAUACAUCUCCGCCCACUUGCAGCUGAAGAUUUCGGUCAUGGGCAACCAUCGCCUUGGAUGGAAAAUGAACUGGUCUCUCGCAUUGUCUAUAUCAAUUCAAACGAUUAUGAUUUGGCAGUGCCAAGCUUGAGCCGAGCUUCUUCAAACCCUCAUGUUAUGGGGGGAAGAAUAUGGCAGUAUGAGAAUGGAACGUUUGGGUUUGGCUUUCUGUGUGACAAUCAGAUCAUAGACCUCAAGCAAAUUGCUCGGGAUGGUUGUAUUCUUGAUACAACUGAACUUUUUAUUGAUUGAUAUCCUUACUUAGGAUCAUUACUGUAUAUUUCUUCUUUUAACUGAGCCAUUUCUGCAUUUGUACUUGGGUGGUAACAUAUUCAUCAUUGAAGUGAUUGUAUUUAAUAAUCA